AUGCAAGUAACCAGCAAACAUGGAGGCGGCAGUGUGAUGGUGUGGGGACUCAUGUCUUCCAGAGGUGUUGGCGAGCCCCGUAAAGGUAGGGAAACGACAGUGGAAGAGCGAAGGCUUAUUAUGCAGCUGCAUAGUGGUGGAAAAUCAUAUGCAGAAGUAGGCAAGGUCACCAACCGAAGCCGAAAAACUGUAUUUAGUAUCGUCCAGAUAUGGAAAGAAGAAAAAACUCUCGUCAAUCGCCCACGACAGGGGCGUCCUCAGAAACUCACGAACAAAGACAACAAGAAGAUAUUUCGAACGGUGAAAAACGAUCCCCGGACAACGGCCCCUGCUAUAGCUGCAGAACUGGCAGAAGGCGUUGACGCCGAAUUUAGUUGCAGAGCAGUGCGCAGAUGCCUGAACAGUGCUGGGUACAAUAUCAGAGUGCCAAGGCGCAAACCGUUCGUCAGUAAGUGUAACGCAAAAAAGCGGAUGGUAUUUGCAGAAGAAAUUGUCGGCAACGAUGUGACCUUCUGGGACAAGAUUCUGCGGAAUGAUGAAUGCAAAUUUACUCUGAGCCACUGGACGGCCGCUGUUUAG